AAUAUACCAAAGAGAAUAUGGUGGAACAUCAACAGCAACUCGCAAGAAAGAUUAAUGAAUAUAGUAUGCUGCUUAGCGAUGGGAUCGUUGACAGAGACGCACCAAAGAGUGAUACGUGUGUUGAAGCAAAACUAAGGUGGCUGCGAUCACAAAUCAUAGGCGGGUUUGCUGAGAUUCAGACUCCAUUUGGAUCGCGUAAACUUACGUAUGCAGAUCAUACAGCCUCAGGCCGUUGUCUUCGUUACAUUGAAGAAUAUAUCAUCCAGAAUCUUCUUCCCUUUUAUGGGAACACUCACACAUCUGACAACUAUGUUGGCGAUAGGACGAUGAAAAUGCUCCAUGAGGCAACUGAAUUUGUGAAGAAAUGCUUAGGAGGAACCCAACAUGAUGCACUCCUUUUCUGUGGAUCAGGCACUACAGCCGCUAUAAAACGGCUUCAAGAAGUGUUGGGAAUUGCUGUUCCAUCAAUCUUGAAAGAGAAAAUAUUGAACACAUGUAUAGGAAGUGAAGAAAGAUGGGUAGUUUUUGUUGGUCCUUAUGAACACCACUCCAACCUCCUUUCCUGGAGACAAAGCCUAGCAGAAGUAAUAGAGAUCGGUCUAGACAAAGAAGGAAUGAUUGACAUCAAUGAUUUGAAGGCGCGUCUAGAGUUUUAUCAAGGCACUGGCCGCCCCAUGCUCGGUUCAUUCUCUGCUUGUAGUAAUGUUACUGGAAUUUGUUCUGAUACGCGCUCGUUAGCUCGCUUGCUUCACGAGUUUGGAGCCUUCGCAUGCUUUGAUUUUGCAGCAAUUGGCCCAUACGUGGAGAUUGACAUAAGAUCGGGUGCUAUUGAUGGCUAUGAUGCCAUAACCUUAAGCCCACACAAGUUUCUUGGCGGACGUGGAUCACCAGGGAUUCUUCUGAUGAACAAGGCCUUAUACCAGCUGAAAUAUGCUCCCCCUUCGACCUGCGGAGGUGGGACCAUUAACUACGUUAAUUUCUUCGAUGAACAGGACACACUAUACAUUAAUGACAUUGAAGAAAGGGAAGAUGCUGGGACACCACAAAUUAUUCAACGAGUAAAAGCAGCAUUAGCCUUCCAAGUUAAAGAAUACAUAAAAUGUGAAGUUAUUGCCAAGAGAGAACAUGACUACAUUGAAAGGGCGCUAGAGAGGCUUGUGAAACUUUCCAACGUAUGGGUGUUGGGAAAUACCAAAGUAGAGAGACAAGGAAUUCUCUCCUUCCUCGUUCACACAACUACAAACUCUAAUAAGAGAGACAAGCCUCUUAAUGGUACUUUUGUCGCUAAGCUUCUCAAUGACCUCUUUGGCAUCCAAGCUCGAGGAGGUUGUGCUUGUGCUGCACCGUAUGGUCAUUUUUUGCUUGGUAUCGACCAAGUACAUUCACUUACAAUGAAAGAUGCAAUCAAAAAGGGCUAUAUUGGAGUAAAGGUCGGUUGGACAAGAGUAAGCUUUCCAUACUACAUGUCUAAUGAGGAAUAUGAAUACAUUCUAGCUGCAAUUGAAUUUGUAGCUGUUUAUGGACAAAGAUUUCUUCCCCUAUAUCACUUGAACUGGAAUACAGGCAGUUGGACUUUCAAGACUAAUACUUUCCAGAAGUCUUUUCUCAAAGAGAAAGACUGCAAGCUUUGUGCUUCAUUUUGUAGCACUACUGUAUCGCAAGCUAUUAACAAAUUACCAAAUAUUCAACAACAGAUGAUAGAUUGUAAAACAAUGGAAUUUGACAAGUACAUAUUCUGUCUAGAGGUUGCAAAGCACAUAGGGAACAUACUUCCGGAGUUUCCACCUCAUCGUAGACUUCCCAAGGGCAUAGAUCCCAACUCUGUGUUUUUUCAUAUGUAG